AUGAAAAAGGUGAAGAAAGGAAUCACACAAGCCUUUCUGGAUAACAAAGAGGAAAGGAUAGAGGAUGAUAUCAUUUGGCCCACUCCUAUCAAGCUAGAAGAUGUUGGCAAAAUGAAUCUUCAAUAUGAUGAUUCAGAAAUUCCAGUUGAAUUUCUUGCCAAGAAGAGAAGAGCUGAAAGAGAAAGAGAACAAGCAAACAAAGGUGUCAAACAGAAGGUAAAGACCUUGAAGGAUUUGGAUGCACAAGCAAGAACGGUUCCAAACAAGCAAACUGUGAAUCCUGCCUUGCGUAUUGCACCGUUCCCUGAGGACGAGCCAGAACAGUCCAGGGAAGUGUCAAAUGUACGCACCAAGGAACGUUUAAUCAAGAUCACUAAGGGCGGAGUUCCUCUACAGUCUGACUCAAAUCCAGUUGCUUCGAGAACAAGAUCUGGACAAGGGUCACCUGCCAGCACGAUCGCAGAACCCAAGAAGAAGAAGCUUAAGCGUUUGAGGAAGCAGUUCAAUGAUGAACCCACUGUACCUGUUCAGAAACCCAAAUACAACAAACGGAAGACACUUGCAAAUGAACCUGAUGAACCCAAGAAUGAAGAAGAUUUUCUCAUCCACUCCACCAUUGCCAAAACUUUGGACAUCAAAUUUCCACACUUUGAGGUAAACGCUGAAAUCUCAAAUCAAGAAUUUGUUAAUUCACUGUUAGAUGAUUCUUAUGAUCCUCACAAGACCUCACCUCCACCACACCACUCACCAAAACAACUCUCCCCUACUCCAAACCAAAAAGACCUCACUGUGAAUCCCACUGAUCACAGUUCACCAAAAUUUUCUCCUGUCACAGCUAUGGAUUCCUCUGAUGAGGAACACAUUGUUCAACAAAACGAACCAAGAUCCCAACUGUUCAAUUUCUUUCCACUAACCUUGACAACACAAAUUGACCUACCCUUUCAAAAGCCUCAACAAGGUUCCACACUUGAAAGCCCCACAAAUCAUACCUCCAAGCCAGCCACUCUCUGCACCCUUUCUCAAGUGAGAAAAAGGCGUCUUCAGACGCUAGUGUCCUCUGCCAUUAAACGCAGACGCAUUGCAGGAACGUCCAAGGCUUCCUCCAAGGCUUUUCAAGAAAAGUUGAUCAAGAAAAUUGAAAAAUCACCCAACCGUUCCGUAUCCUUUUCUUGGAAGAAACCCUCAGAUGUUGGCUACAAGUUUCAUGUAGAAGCCACCAAGGUACCGGACUGGAAUGAAUGGCAACUCUGUGUCACAGAAGGAUAUGUUGGCACACUGUUCUAUUCUCUACUGAACAGAGUCACUGCUCUACUCAUGAUCUUGGGGAACUGGGUUUAUGUUCUCCUACCAAGGAACAUUCCAGAGUUUCUUCUUCGUCCGGAGAAGCUUCAUGUUGUCAAAGGCAAAGGUAAAAUGUAUGAUGAAGGUGAAUGUUCAUCCCCUCUGAACAAUACACAUGCUGAAGAAGAGAUCAUUCCUUCUGAUGUGGACACUUUUGUCUCUAUGUGGCCCAUUGCUAGAAAUUUAGUAAAUGUCCAUGUCUGGCAUAGUGGCAAGUUUGUGUCAGAACCUAGUCUGGAUUAUUUAAAUGGUAUAUGUUUUACUGUUGACAAAUGGGAUGUAGAUGAGAUAAAUUCCAUUGAUUUAGGCAAAGUUGUAAAAAGGUUGGGGUAUGUCUCAUUUAAUAUAUGGUAUAGACACCCUGAUUUUGGACUUUCUAGUGGUUGUAAGCCAUUUAGGGAUGAUGGAGAUGUGGUGGCUUUUCUGAAUGAUGUAAAGGGACAUAGUGAAGUUGACUUUUAUGUUGAGCAUUUAGUAGAGGAAGUACCAGAACUUGUAGAUGACUUUCAGUUCCUUGAAUACACACAAGCUGGUCAGGGUGAGGGAGUUAAGGAGAAUGGUGAGGGUUCUGUUGGUGAGGGUUCUGUUGAGGGACUUAAUGAUGGCCAGGGUGGUUCUGGUGAGGGACAAAAUGAGAUUGUUUAUGAGGAUUGUGAGGUAGUUGGUGAGGGAGUUAAUGAAGGACAAAAUGAGAUUGUUAAUGAGGAUUGUGAGGUAGUUGGUGAGGCAGUUAAUGAAGGACAACAUGAGAUUCUUAAUGAGGAUUGUGAUGUAGCUGGUGAGGGACUUGAUGAAGGACAACAUGAGAUUCUUAAUGAGGAUUGUCAGGUAGCUGGUGAGGGACUUGAUGAAGGACAACAUGAGAUUCUUAAUGAGGAUUGUCAGGUAGCUGGUGAGGGACUUGAUGGAAAAGAUGAUAGUGAGAUCAGUUUAGAUGACAGUGACUUUGAUGAGAAGUGGGAGUGGUCCAAAGUCCUUCCAACCUUUGGUUCAGUAGAUGAAGACCAAGUUGCUACCAAGGAUAAAAAUCCAGCUUGUUUGGAUGAAUUUGCAAAUGAGGAUGGAGCUUCUGAUGACUUGGAAACACCACCUGACAGUGAUGAUGAAAUUGGUCAGCAAAGGAAAAAGUUCCCAAUUUUCAAACUCCCUCCAGAUGGUGCAGAGGUUAAGUUUGUAGUUGGGCAGAAAUUUACUACUUCCAAACUCUUUAAAACAGCUAUUAAAGAGUAUGCUCUUCAAAGGAGGAAGAAUGUAAUUUUAGAGAAGAGUGAUAGCAAAAGGGUUGUCAUUAAAUGCGAGGGUGAGUGUCCAUUUUAUUGCAGGCUUUCCAAGUAUGAGCAGAACAAUUUCUGGCAGAUUGUCUCACUGGUUGAUGAGCACUCAUGCUAUAGGACCUCCAAGAAUCGCCAUGCCAGGCCUAAGCUACUUGCCAAGAAAUUGAUGCAAACAAUAAGGCAUAACCCUGGAAUGAAGUGCAAUUCUGUGGUUGCUGAAGGCCAGCUUAGGUGGGGAGUAGUGCUGAAUAGAUUUCAAGCAUCAAGAAUUAGGACAGCAGCCAAAAAGAUGAUUGAUGGGGCAGAGCAGGAACAAUAUAAACAUCUAAGGAGUUAUGCUAAUGAGCUAUUGAGGAGCAACCCAAACGGCACUGUGAUUAUCAAAAGUGAGAUGGGAGCGGAUGGCCCUGUGUUCCAGAGAAUUUAUGUGUGCUUUGUUGCUUGCAGAAUGGCUUUUGCAAGACACUGCAGACCACUCAUUGGAUUGGAUGGCUGUUUCUUGAAGGGUGUUUAUGGUGGACAGCUGCUUACUGCUGUUGGUAAGGAUGGGAACAACCAGAUGUUCCCAAUUUCCUUUGCUGUUGUUGAGGCUGAGACUAGAGAUUCAUGGGAAUGGUUUGUGUCCCUAUUACUGGAUGAUCUGAACACAAUACAAUCAAGGAGGUGGUCAUUUAUUUCAGAUCAACAGAAGGGCUUGGUUCCCACCUUAGCAGCAUUGAGUGAAGAUGUGGACCAUAGAGUAUGUGUUAGGCAUGUUUAUGGAAACUGGAGAAAGAAGUAUCCAGGAGAGGAAAUGAAAAAUGCACUAUGGUCAGCUGCUAGAUCAUGCACUGUGCCUCAAUUUGACAGGGCAAUGCAAAAGCUUAAGGAGAUGAAUGAAGAAGCAUGGAAGGAUCUAUGUGAGAUACCUCUUAAGCAGUGGGCAAAAGCACAUUUUAGUACUCAUUCUUUGUGUGACCUGCAAGUGAACAACAUGUGCGAAGCUUUCAACAUGGCAAUUCUGGAACACAGGGAUAAACCCAUCAUAUCACUCAUUGAAGGCCUAAAGCACUACAUCAGCUCUCGGAUUGUGAAGCAGAGGGACUUAAUGUUGAGGUACAAGGGAAACAUAUGCCCCAUGAUUCAGGAGAAAUUGGAGGCUCACAAGUUAGCAGCACAAAACUGGGCACCACAUUGGAAUGGUGAUACCCUUAAUUCAAAAUUUGAGGUUACAGAUGGGACUAACAAGUAUCGUGUGGAGCUGGCCAAAAAUCAUUGUGCAUGUAGGAGAUGGGAUUUGACAGGUAUCCCAUGCUGCCAUGCUAUUCCUUGCAUGUGGCAUAACCGUACUCACCCUGAAGAAUAUGUGGACAACUACUAUAGGAGAGAUACUUUUCUGUCCACUUAUGCAUAUAUAAUUGAACCAAACAAUGGUCCCAUGCUCUGGCCUGUCAGUGAUCUGCCACCACUAAAUCCACCAUAUGUGAGAAGGGCACCUGGAAGACCUAAGACUCAAAGAAACAAAAAGAAUGAUGAGCCCAGGAAUCCCUACAAGCUUGCAAGGAAUCAGACCAAGGUUAAGUGCAGUAGGUGUGGAAAGUGGGGUCACAAUAUAAGAACUUGUGGAGGGAAAACUGGUGCGGAUAGGGAAAUAGAGAAAGGGGGGAACAAGCAAAACUCAAAGAAGACUCACCCAAAACCUAGAACAAGAAGUGCAAGGACUGCUGAUGCACCUCUAAAGCCUACAUACAAGCCUGCUGCAAAAGGAAAGAGGAAGACUAAAGCAAGUGAGCCUACUGCUUCUCAGCCAAUGACAGCUCAAGCUAAUGGAAGUCAGGCAAAUGCAUCACAACCACAAUCUCAAGCUAAUGGAAGUCAGCCAAAUGCAUCACAACCACAAUCUCAAGCUAAUGGAAGUCAGCCAAAUGCAUCACAACCACAAUCUCAAGCUAAUGGAAGUCAGCCAAAUGCAUCACAACCACACUCUCAAGGUAGCACAAUUACAGCUUCAUUACCACCAGCUGGUGUAGCUAGAAGGGGAAGAAAGAGAUCAAGAGCUGGACUAGGAACACAAGAGAGCACAAGCUGAAUGGGAAAGUGCUUUGUUGUUUCUGCAUUUUGUAUUUUGUUUCUAUGUACUUGGGAAGCCAAACUAGUAUGGCCUAUGAUUAUUGAUAUUUUGGUAUGGCCUUGUAUGACCUUGUAACUCUGCACUUUAUUUUGAUACUAUUAGUUAAGUGUAGACCUUUAUUGUUCCAGUUUAAAUGUAGACAAUUUAAAGCUUGGUUA